GGAGCUCGCGUCCUGCCGCAGUCUCUGCGCUGCUAGUCUGAGCGAGCGCGAGGGAAGAGACCCCGUCCGGGCACCGCACUUGCAGCCCCAGCGACUCCCAACCGCAAUCGCGGCCCCCCAACUCUCAAACGCCUCCUGUAGCCCGCGUGGGUCAGGGUGGGAGAGCUUCCUAGUCUCCGCGGGCGGAUUGCGAACUUGGAGAGGACCGCGGCUGUCUCCCCGGCCUGGACAGUGAACAGGAUUGUGAACUCUUCUGACUGGCGAUGACACAGUGAAACUAAAGGCCACCAUCAAAACCAUCUGCUCACAUCUGGAAUCUGAACAUUAAACUCUGUCACUACCAGCCAUGGCUAAGAGCGCAGAGGUCAAGCUGGCCAUAUUUGGAAGAGCGGGCGUGGGCAAGUCAGCGAUUGUAGUGAGAUUUCUGACCAAACGGUUCAUCUGGGAGUACGAUCCAACCCUCGAAUCAACCUACCGACACCAGGCAACCAUAGACGAUGAAGUUGUUUCUAUGGAGAUCCUGGACACCGCUGGCCAGGAAGACACCAUCCAGAGGGAAGGGCACAUGCGCUGGGGAGAAGGCUUCGUGUUGGUUUACGACAUCACCGAUCGAGGGAGCUUCGAAGAAGUGCUGCCGCUGAAGAACAUCUUAGAUGAAGUCAAAAAACCCAAAAACGUGACUCUCAUCUUGGUCGGAAACAAAGCCGACUUGGACCACUCCAGACAAGUGAGCACAGAAGAAGGGGAGAAGCUGGCGACGGAACUGGCGUGUGCGUUUUACGAAUGUUCCGCCUGCACGGGAGAAGGGAACAUCACGGAGGUGUUCUAUGAGCUCUGUCGAGAGGUGCGUCGCAGAAGGAUGGUGCAGGGCAAGACAAGGCGCCGCAGCUCCACCACACACGUCAAGCAAGCGAUUAACAAGAUGCUCACCAAAAUCAGUAGUUAGAGGUCUUGCCGAAAUGUGCUGGAACGUGGGAAGGCCUUCCUGGCUCUCCUGCUGCCCCUCUAGCCACAGCCAAGAUGUCCUUCUCCUUAUUCUGAGUUUGGGGGAUGUCAGGGUUUCUCGUGGGUCCCUCUCCACUAUAUGCUGGGAAAUUCUCUGAGUAUCUUCUGCAGCCCCAUGCUGUGACAGUCUCUCCCUUCCCUGCUUGCCGUAGGAUCCGUGCAAAUGUAGUUUGAAGAUGCAACCACCAAAGAUGCUGAAGUGGCUGGGUUCGUGGAGGCUAAUUGUAGGCAUCUCUGCCUUGAUUUAACAAGUUGAAGUCUUUUCAAAGGCAUUUUAAGAUUCUGAAUCUUGUGGAAGACUACAAAGGUCACCAUAAGGUUUUGUGAUGUCUGGUGUGAACUUGAGGAAGGUAGCUGAGCGAUUAGAGCCGGGGAACAGAAUUCUAGUUCCCAUUUGAAGUGAGGAUUUUUUUAAUUGUUAUUAUUAUUACCUUACUUAAAUUAUGCCAUUUUUCUUUAACAUUUUAUUUUAUUUUUAGAUUGAAAUGUUAUUACUGACUUUGUGAUGGAAUUGCCCAUUUCAAUUAAAAUUGAUUCUCUCAAUAAUCUACAGCGGUCCUUACAUACCCUAUUCUAUUAUUUCCUUAAUAACAAAAGAAACAAGACCCGCAAUUCACACCGUGCUGUGGCUUUGCUUCCCCAAGCCUUGGUGAUAAGAAAAACAAACCCACUAGGAAUCUUUGUGCCCACUCCUGACCUCACUGCAUGUUAGUAGAGGAUUGCAAUUAGAGACACCUGGUUUGUAUAUUACUCUAUUAGCACCGUAGUGGGAAGCUAACCCUCUUGAGAAAAUUAUGGCGCUUAGUUAUUUCUCUUUGGAAGCAAAGGCAGAAUCCUAUGCAUUCAGAAAGAGCCAGCCGCUGAUUCAGUAAGUUGGCCACAUGCCUUGUUAACCUUCUAACCUUUGGGUAAGAUUAAUUCACAUGGGAGAAUUCAGAAAAAUAAUGGGUGAGUAAAAUUCACUCUACGUGAACGAGCGUGCACAAAGUAGAUGCUUGGCUGGCAAAAGGAUUAUGUAACUGCCAAGAGUUUAUGAUCCUUCUCUUCAUUUCCUGCCCCAUAUCCUGAGAUUUGGCCACUUUAUUUUAGAAUAAAAUAUAUAUCUUUUAUGAUGUAUUUAUAUGUAUACAUAUAAGUAUGUAUAAAAUUUGUAAGCAGCGAAGAUUUUAAUUCACCAAUGUAUUUGAACAAUCUGGUGUAACUGACUUCGUUUUAUGUGAUUAUAAUAAAAAAUAUAAUUUUCAAAUUC